AUGGCUUUUCUCUCGGCGAUGAAUUUGCAGGGACGUCCACCACCGAUAACGGCCAAUCUCAACCCAAAUUCCAAACCUGCAGGUUCGGAUUCCGUUUCCUUAAACUCAUGCGAACCUAACUCCGAACGACAGCCUCGGAAAUUCAGCUCGAAGCUGAGUCGCUGGAACAGAGCACGAGCCUUAAAGUCCGGUUCGAAGCUGGACCGACCGAUUAGUAACUCAACGACCAAUCAGAGGCUUCCGAUCGGAAAUUCAAACCGCUCUGAUGUUUCGACGCUGGAAAGUGACGUGUCAUCUAGUAACGGAGAUAACGAGACGGAUUUGACGGCGGCGAAAUCGAUUUACAUAGUCUCUGACGGAACUGGAUGGACGGCGGAACACGCCGUUAACGCUGCUUUGGGACAGUUCGAUUAUUGUUUGGUCGACCGUGGCUGUCCCGUUAAUACACAUCUCUUUUCAGGGAUAGAGGAUGGAGAGAAGUUAAUGGAGAUCAUAAAGCAAGCAGCAAGAGAAGGAGCAAUGGUAAUCUACACAUUAGCUGAUCCAUCAAUGGCUGAAGCAGCAAUGAGAGCUUGCAAGCUAUGGAGUAUCACUUCACUAGACAUCCUCGGACCAAUCACAGACUCAAUCUCUUCUCACUUAGGAGCUAAUCCAUCCGGUCUUUCACGUGGCGUCACAAAAUCGUCUCUCAACGAAGACUACUUCAAAAGAAUCGAAGCAAUCGAAUUCACAAUCAAACACGAUGAUGGCGCUUUGCCCGAGAACCUUGAAAAAGCAGACAUUGUUCUUGUUGGUGUCUCUAGGACAGGGAAAACACCACUCUCGACUUACUUAGCUCAAAAGGGUUACAAAGUUUCCAACGUACCGAUCGUAAACGGUGUUGAUCUUCCCAAGACUCUGUUCGAUAUCGACCAAAGAAAGAUUUUUGGUCUUAUGAUUAAUCCGGUCGUGUUGCAAGGGAUAAGAGAGGCUAGAGCCAAGAGUCUUGGUCUUGGCUCGAGUUUUAAGACUAAGUACUCUGAGUUAGGCUCUGUUAAGGAAGAGCUUGAGCUUGCUAAGCGAAUCUUCGCCGAGAAUCCGACUUGGCCAGUGAUUGAAGUGACAGAGAGAGCAAUUGAGGAAACUGCGGCAGUGGUCUUGAGGCUUUACGACGAGAGACAAAGCAAUCGAGCAAUGCCUCGCAUCUCAAAAUGCUACUAA